UUUUUCUUUUUCGCAGCCAACUAUAGAAAUGGCGUGUCGCCAGCUCCAAAAUCCCAAUUGGUGACCUCCCAAAACCUCAGAAGACACAGACAGAUGGUGCAGCGAUGGUGCUCGAGGCUCCGCCUGCUGGCUGCGCUUCAUUCCAUUCCUAAACCCCAACCCCGCCACCACCUCUACCACCGCUCUUUCGUUUCCAAUCGUCUCUUCCAUACUUCUCACAAUUUACUCCCCAAACCCCACAUUGUCACCCAUUCUGUAAUUUCCCCCAGCUUUAAGACCCUCCUCGAUGUUCAUCCCUUUCCCCAAAUGUCCCAGUCUCCACUUUAUUUGACUCAAGUGCGCCAUAUCACUGCCAAGCAGAGGGAAAGGAAGUUGAAGAGUAGGAAGCCAAGGACACCCGUAACCUCCAAAGUCAAAAAAAUCAAAAUCAAAUGCUACUCGUCAUUUAAAGGCAGAUUUAGGAUAAUGAAUGAUGGCCAGAUCAGACGCUGGAAGGAAGGGAAGAGACACAAUGCCCAUUCAAAGUCUAAGAAGUCAAAACGUCGUCUCAGACAACCUGGUAUAGUCCCUUUGGCUUAUGCAAAAGUGAUGAAGAAGCUCAACUUUUGUGGUUGAAUAAAACAUUUCUCCGUGUUCCUCGCCUGAAAUGCGUCCUCAUCAUUUAAUUUCUGCUGUAUGCUCUGCAAUUCAGAAUUACUGCAGCACCACGUUUCAGUUUGAACACUCUGUUUUAAGUUCAGUUGGUUACUUUAUUGAACAAUUAUAGAUUAUCUUGCAGAUAUAGUGGAUGAACAUUUGCGUACAAAAUACACCUGUUUUUUUGGUGGCACAGGAUGGUGCUUUUUAACAAUUUGUUUUUUCUGCUUUCUCGUUUGAAUAUCCAGGUCUCAUGUAGUGAACAAAUGCACAUGUACUUUCUUGCUCAAGAAUGCACUUUUUGGGUGCUAAAUAGCCAAUGCAUUGCUCGUGA